AUGUCCUGCUACAUCCUGUCCUGCUACACCCUGUCCUGCUACAUCCUGUCCUGCUACAUCCUGUCCUGCUACACCCUGUCCUGCUACAUCCUGUCUUGCUACACCUUGUCCUGCUACACCCUGUCCUGCUACACCCUGUCCUGCUACACCCUGUCCUGCUACACCCUGUCCUGCUACACCCUGUCCUGCUACAUCCUGUCCUGCUACACCCUGUCCUGCUACAUCCUGUCCUGCUACAUCCUGUCCUGCUACACCUUGUCCUACACCCGGUCCUGCUACACCCUGUCCUGCUACAUCCUGUCCUGCUACACCUUGUCCUGCUACACCUUGUCCUGCUACAUCCUGUCCUGCUACAUCCUGUCCUGCUACAACCUGUCCUGCUACAUCCUGUCCUUCUACACCCUGUCCUGCUACAUGCUCUCCUGCUACACCCCCUGCUACACCCUGUCCUGCUACACCCUGUCCUGCUACACCUUGUCCUGCUACACCUUGUCCUGCUACACCUUGUCCUGCUACACCCUGUCCUGCUACACCUUGUCCUGCUACACCCUGUCCUGCUACAUCCUGUCAUGCUACACCUUGUCCUGCUACAUCCUGUCCUGCUACACCCUGUCCUGCAACACCCUGUCCUGCUACGUCCUGUCCUGCUACACCCUGUCCUGCUACACCCUGUCCUGCUAUAUCCUGCCCUGCUACACCCUGUCCUGCUACACCCUGUCCUGCUACACCCGGUCCUGCUUGGUCUCAAUUUCCCUUGUUGACACUGGAUCACUGAUAUGCGUCAUUGUGGCCUGGAAUGAAAUAGAAACAGUUGACCGCCAAUGUGAGUUUUGA